AUGGCGGACGCUCAGAAGGACGAGGCCGAGAAGAACAUCGAGAUAUGGAAGGUGAAGAAGCUCAUCAAGCGCCUCGAGGCCGCUCGUGGUAACGGCACAUCCAUGAUCUCCCUCAUCAUCCCUCCCAAGGAUCAGAUCUCGCGUGCCGCCAAGAUGUUGGCUGAAGAAUACGGUACUGCCUCGAACAUCAAGUCCAGAGUCAACAGACAGUCCGUCCUUUCGGCCAUUACCUCCACCCAGCAGCGUCUCAAGUUGUACAACAAGGUCCCCCCCAACGGCCUGGUCGUCUACUGUGGUGAAAUCUUGACCUCGGAAGGCAAGGAAAGGAAGGUCAACAUCGAUUUCGAGCCCUUCAAGCCCAUCAACACCUCCCUCUACCUCUGUGACAACAAGUUCCACACCGAGGCCUUGGCCGAGCUGCUCGAGUCUGACCAGAGAUUCGGUUUCAUCAUCAUGGACGGUAACGGAGCCCUCUUCGGUACUCUUUCCGGAAACACCAGAGAUAUUGUCCACAAGUUCUCGGUCGAUCUCCCCAAGAAGCACGGCCGUGGUGGUCAGUCCGCCCUGCGUUUCGCCCGUCUCCGUGAGGAAAAGCGCCACAACUACGUCCGCAAGGUUGCCGAGUUGGCCGUUCAGAACUUCAUCACCAACGACAAGGUCAACGUCGCCGGUCUGAUUCUGGCUGGUUCUGCCGAUUUCAAGAACGACCUCAACGCCUCCGACAUGUUUGACGGCCGUCUGGCUUCCAAGGUUAUCAAGGUUGUUGACGUCUCCUACGGCGGUGAGAACGGCUUCAACCAGGCUAUCGAGCUUUCCUCCGAGACCCUCGGUAACGUCAAGUUCAUCCAGGAGAAGAAGCUUAUUGGAAAGUACUUUGAGGAGAUCAGCCAGGACACUGGCCGCGUCUGCUACGGUAUUGAAGAUACCCUGAAGGCUCUGGAGCUCGGCGCCGUCGAGACCCUGAUUGUUUUCGAGAACCUGGAGAUCACCCGCUGGAAGCUCAAGGACAGCCAAAACGCCGAGCACAUCCUGCACACCACCAAGCAGCAGGAGGCCUCCGGCCGUGAUGCCUUCUUGGACAAGGAGACCGGCCAGGAGAUGGAAGUUGUCUCCCAGGAGUCUUUCCUUGAGUGGAUUGCGGAGCACUACAAGGAUUUCGGUACUAACCUUGAGUUCGUCUCGGACCGUUCCACGGAAGGAAACCAGUUCGUCAAGGGAUUCGGUGGUAUCGGUGGUAUCCUCCGAUACAAGGUGAACUUUGAGCAGUUGGCUGAUAUCGACGACGAUGAUGAAUACUACGACGGUAUGCUCUUCGAGAUGACACCUCGCACAACAGCGGCUGACGUUUUACAGAUUGACCUUCCGAAUCCCUCGAGAUUGAGGGAUCGACUCAAGCAUCAGGAGUCCGCGCGCGCGGCGCCGCAGCCCGCCAACGCGCCGGCCCGCGCGCCCAUGGCCGCUCAUCGGCUCUUCGCGGAAAGAAGCCCGACGAGCCCGGCUACCCUCACGCACCAAGUGGCGCGCCCGAGCCCGCUUCGGUCUGUUAUGAAGGCCUCUUGA